ACGUUAACCACUUGGCCAUUAGAAAUCACAACAAUCAAGCUGGUAGUAAAGGCUUCUUGAAUCGGACUUUUUAAUAUAUUUGAUCCAGUUGGUGAUACAGGUGGAACAGAAGAAAGAAAAGUUCGGAAGAUUGUUAGUUUUUAAUUUACUUAAGAGGCUUGUUGGAAGUUGUGAUUGAACAAUGAUCAUCUCGAGCUCCUGAGUUAUCGAUAUCUCCAAAACUUCAUCACAAAUAGUUCUACAAUCAUCAUUGAUGUUAUUGCCGAGAGUCAAACUCCAAAGCAACAAGCGCCUACACGGUAAAAAUUUCAACGACUAUCAUGGCAUCGUCGGUGUUCGUCGCGAGGCGGUAUAUGCAAAAAACUUUCCCAUGGAUUCAGUAUCCGCUUAUCGUGUCGGCGCCGAUGUUGGGAGCUGCCACCCCUGCUCUUGCGAGAAAUGUAAGUAGGGCAGGAGGUAUAGGAUUUAUUGCAGGAGGUAAUAGCGGGCCGGACCUUGAUCGAAACCUUACCAUCAUAAGUUCAUUGUUCGCAGCUGACGCCCAUCAACUCCCGGGCCUUCAAAACUUUGAUAGCCUUCCUAUUGGCAUUGGUUUUCAGAAUUGGAACUGUAAAAUCGAUGUUGCCCUUGAAGCUACCAAGAAACAUAAACCGUCCGCAAUAUGGCUUUAUGCACCGAAAAGAAUUGAAGAUUUGAAAGAAUGGGUCGUAGAACUCAGAUCUAUCAGUGAUGGCAAAAUUUCAAUCUGGGUACAAGUCGGAACAGUCAGAGAGGCAUUGGAUGUUAUGGAAAUAGCAAGUCCCGACGUUCUGGUCAUUCAAGGAACGGAUGCUGGCGGUCAUGGACUGGCUCGAUCAGCCAGUAUUAUUUCGUUACUUCCAGAAGUUGCGGACGCACUUGAAGAUAGGGACCCGGCACUCAAAGGUGUACCGCUACUCGCAGCUGGAGGGAUCAUGGAUGGCCGAGGAGUUGCUGCUGCAUUAUGUCUAGGCGCGACAGGAGCAGUUAUGGGUACCAGAUUUCUUGCGGCUGAAGAAGCAGGCAUCCCUCGAGGUUGGCAAAGAGAGCUUGUGAGAGCUUCCGAUGGAGGUGUUAGCACCGUACGGUCUACCUUGUGUGAUCGAUUGAAGACAACGGUCGGAUGGCCACCACAAUAUGACGGCCGUGCGUUACUCAAUAAGGGUCACGAGGAUGAGAAGGCUGGAAUGACAGAUGAGGAGAAUGUUCGCUUAUAUAGAGAGGAGUUAACGAAAGGUGACGAGGCUUGGGGUGCUAAUAGUAGAUUGAUCGCAUAUUCCGGAACUGGCGUCGGACUGAUAAAGAACGUAAUGUCAGCUGGGAAGAUUGUUGAAGACACAGCGGAAGGAGUAUUAAAAAUUAUGUCGACAGAGAACGAAGACUAUGUUAGGGGUACUGUGCGUCGCGUUACCUAGUAACAUACUAAUAAUCUACACGUGCAAUGACUCGGAAUGGACGAGGGGGCCUUAUAGCUAGGAGUUUCAAUUCAUAUUGACACUGCCUCUCCCUCAUUUGGGACAAUCAAUCACAAAGAGUGGUGUCUAGUUACGGAUUGCAAUUUCCUAAUUUGACAUUUUUUCUAUUUUCUAGUGGUUUACUGGGCUCUGGGGCUGUACCUGAGUAUGAUUUAGGGUACAAAUUCAUGGUUAAAUAUCAUCUGAACACACGAAUCAUGGAUAUCAUUCGCUCGUGCUUCAUUUUG